AUGGGAGUUUUCUCCAUGUUUUGGUUUAUUUUCUUCAUUCUUGAAAGUAUAGUCUUUCAGGUUUCUCAAUCAGCAACUUUAGUGGUUGAUGGAGUUUCAGAAUGGAAAAACUCAACUGUCCAAAUUGGGGAUACCAUCAUUUUCCAGCAUAAGUAUCAGUACAAUCUCUACAUUUUCCAGAACCAGAAUGCCUUUACUUUGUGCAAUUUCACUGAAGCUACACUUCUUACCAAAUCCUACACUUGGCACCCAUCAAGGCCUGGUUUCUUUUACUUCUCAUUCAACAAUGGCACUAAUACAUCAUGUUUACAUGGCCAAAAACUAGCCAUUAAGGUAAAAGAACAAUUUACAUCUCCGGAAAUAUCACCGGUGGCAGCUCCACCAUUGAUAUCCAGCUACGUGUCAUCUUCUCCGGCGUACACGUGGCCGUUACAGCCGAGAGAAACAAUUUCUCCUGCAAAUAGCCCAAUGUUGGAGUAUGAUAUACCAUUUAUAAAGAGUAAUCCAGCAAUUCCUUUGCCUACUGGGGAAGUAGAUUCUGCUACUGUUCACCAUUUCCCUACUUCUGGUCACCAUGAUAUACAGGUGCUGAGUUUUGUAACAAUUCAAAGCUUCUUGUGCUGUGCAAUUUUCUUGAUGCUGUUUUAAACAGGCCAAAUGAGAGAAAGU